AUGCUGAAAGGCCAGCAGAAUACCCCACAGACGCUGUACCACCAAACCUGGGCUAUCCGCUUGGUCAAUGAGCGGCUAGCACAAACAGAGCCAGCUUUAAAUUACGGCACCCUAGGGGCAGUAAUACCCUUGUUAUAUUACAAUAUGGUCGCACUUGAUCGAGACUCUGCGGUGGUGCACCAGAAAGGCCUGGAGAAAAUGCUCCUUGCGACGCCGCAAUCUUUCCGAGCCGACAUAGGACCCCUGAUUGCCAUAGUCAAGGUCGCCAUGAUUUCGUUCGCCUGCAUUUAUGACGUACUCCCUAUCUGGGACUGCUUAUUCUCUGAAUCAGUUCGCCCGAACACCCUCCUCCGAAGUGUAGUGUCGAGGAUAAUAUUUGGGCAUGCCGAAUCGCUGUUGCAGAAAGAAACUGCAGAUGCCAUAUUGGACGUGUAUGAGGCUAUAUCACGGCUGGAUCAUCUGGUCGACGAAGACCGCUGUAGGAUCGUUGCCGAAAUCGAGCGUGCUGUCUCCUUUGCAACGACCGCCACUGGGGCUGACAGAGUCGAAAAUAACCUCCCUUUUACUUCGCCUGACAGACUUGAUGUAUGCUGCCAGAUCACCAGCCGAUUAUUCUGGGCAAUGCUUCAACCACAAUCGCGCUUCCAACAAAGCGCCGAGUCGACUGAGAGUCAUGAAGUUCAGCGACUUCUGGAGCACCUAUCCCACAUAGAGCCGUUGUACUGGAUCCGCAACGCCCCUGAAAUAUUUACGUGGAUAACGUUUACCGGCGCAGCUGCGUCAGGACAUCAAGAUGCUCGCGCUGCCUUCAUCAGCCAAGCAGGGACGAUAUUGACGGCCAUCGAUGACGAAAACUUGACUCUGUUACGCCAGGGGUGGAGGUAUUUCCGAUUACUCAAGAAACUUAGUGGGCAUGAUAACUCGCUCACUAUAUAG